UGCGAGAAAUCACAGGUUAAUCUCCUGGAUAGUCUGGAAUGGUGGUGAUGGAGGUAAAAGGUCAGAGUGUGCUAUUUUAUCUUUUUUUUCCAACGUCAUAAUCUUUCAUUGAAUCCACGCUCGAGCCUACAUGUAAUACAUAUCUGACUCUUUUAUUAAGGAUUUGUUCUUUAUCUCAUUAUGUUCUCAUCAAACACCACCUACAAAGGUGAGGUGGUCAGAGUGAGAAAUAAAGAGGGAGAGAGAGGCAGGAUAGGGAGAGUAUAAAAGAGAGAGUACAGAGGCUCCUCCUCGUUCGCUGCGUGUGUUUCUUGUGUGUUUUUCAGGCUGUUCUUCACUCACACUCUCGCUCAGCAGAGAUUCAGAGGUGGAGAGCAAAGAUUCUCACUGAGAAGAAAAAAAACAGGGGGGAAGGGCAACAGAUUUCCAUCCUCUCUCACCAGAAAAGAGACGUAUACAAGAGAAAAGAUGGAGAGGAUGCAGGGAGAGGCAGAGGGGGACCACCUGGAGAGACCAAGCCCACUGACUGACAAGGAGAAGGUGAUGAUCCAGGACUCCUGGGCGAAAGUCUACGAGAACUGCGAUGACGCCGGGGUGGCCAUACUCGUCAGGCUGUUUGUGAACUUCCCCUCAUCCAGGCAGUACUUCAGCCAGUUCAAGCACAUCGAGGAACCGGAGGAGCUGGAGAGGAGUGCACAGCUCAGGAAGCAUGCAAACAGAGUCAUGAAUGGCCUCAACACGCUGGUGGAGAGCCUCGACAACUCAGAGAAAGUGGCUUCGGUGCUGAAGCUGUUGGGCAAGGCUCACGCACUCCGACACAAGGUGGAGCCUGUGUACUUUAAGAUCCUGAGCGGUGUGAUACUGGAGGUCCUUGGAGAAGCCUUCUCAGAGGUUGUGACACCAGAGGUGGCCGCGGCCUGGACCAAACUCUUGGCUAUGAUGUACUGCGGCAUCAAUGCCGUCUAUGAGGAAGUGGGCUGGUCUAAGCACUCAAGCUCAAGUGGGUGAAGCUUUUAGUCUGGGUUUAUUGGACUUAUUAAGAGAUUUCACAUUUUUGGGCCACGGCUCAUGAUAGAGGGAGGAAUUGACUGUACUGACCAUUAAUGGGAAGCUAUGUAUCUGGGGAAUACAGUUUAAUCUAUUAUAAUUGUGGGUUAUGGGACAUACACUUUAAAUGAGUACUGGUACUGUGCCCUUUUGAUGGCUAAGAGAGACGUAGAAAUUAAAUCUCUCCUCGUUGUUUUUUAUACUCUUGUAAAGGACCAAAUUAUUAAGGAGAGAGGGAAAGUAAAUGCAAACAGUGGACAAGAGGAAGAGGUCACAUUUGACUUGGAUGUGCCUUCUACUGAAUGUGUAUAUCUAUAAAACUGCCAUGUAAAUACUGUUAUUUCUAAAUCUCAUGUGACGUUUCCUUCGAUUAGUCCGUGCCCACUUGUGUUCACUUAAUGAGGUAUUAGCAAGACAUUUAUACAUUUUCUAACAGUUAAUUGUGAUGAUUGUACAUUUUUUUUCAUUACGGCUCACCUUUGUAUCUGUAUUUAACAAUAUUUUGAAAUAAAAGAAAACCAUGAGACCUUA